ACGGCUCAAGUGAGUCAUCUCACCCUCACCCGUCUCCUUUACUCUGUUCUUUGUCUCUUCCUAGCAUCUACAUUCAACCAUAUAUAUAUAUAUAUACGCAUUAUUCACGGAAAGAGCAACGCCUUUGAGAUCUGUACAAUGGAAAAUAGCCCAGAAGAAGUGUAUGUUUGCCCUAGUUUUAGCAGCUAUUCCUCCGACAGAUUAGCGGAAAUCGCUGUAAAAGUGGCGGAGGAGAACUCAAGUGACAACGCCGACGAAGAUUUUGAGUUCGCUUUGGUGCGGCAAGAGAGGGAAGUUUUAGCCGAGGAGUUCUUCUACGACGGCCAAAUGGGUCCCAUUUUCCCGGUAUUCAACCGUGAUCUUCUGCAAAAUAAUGACGGCGGAUUCAGUAGGAGCAGCGAGAACGAGCGAGUGGAAUCGAGUAUUGCGGUUCCGUUGAGUCAGCUUUUUAUUGAGGACCGGGAGGAUCACGAGCCUGAUAAUCCUUCGUCGUGCUCGUCAUCUGAAGCCGAUGAGAUGGAGAAUGUUCCUGCUGGUACGUACUGCGUUUGGCGGCCGAAAGCGGCCGAACAGCCGUCUCCAAGCCGAUGUAAGAAGAGUAAGUCCACUGGAUCUGGGUCCAAGCGGUGGAAGAUCCGGGAUUUGCUCAGGCGGAGCAAUAGUGACGGGAAGGACAGUUUUGUCUUUUUGACUCCAAAAAACCGGGAAGAAAAAUCCUCAACCGAAACUCCCAAAAAGGCCAAGGGAAAGGGUAAAGGCGGCGGCUCCACCUCCUCAGGUGCGCCAGGAUCGCCUUCGCCGCACGAAGCCUUGUAUGUACGUAACAGAGCGAUGAAGGAAGGGGAUAAGAAGAAAUCGUAUCUACCCUACAGGCGAGACCUCGUAGGGUUUUUCGUUAAUGUCAAUGGCCUGGGUAAAAGCUUCCCGCAUUUCUAGAACUGAAGUCUGGAAUCUGGAUUUGUGUUAUAACACUCUCCUCUCCAUAAAUUGGUAUACAGUGGGAGUUGUAUUUUAUAAAUUAUUAUUACAUUAUUAUGCA